AUGGGAGCGGAGAAAACAGAGGUGUCGUUGGAUUCGUUGAUCGCCGGGUUCAACAGUCAGAUCUCAGAGCUCCAAGAGCUCGUUAUUGCUCGAAAUAGGAUUUGGGUAUUUGUUUCUGGUGGCUGCAGAAUAUUUGGUUCAGGUCGGAAUGAUAAUUUUUUGAGUUCAGGUGAAACAUAUGAGCUGCGGAAUAACCUUGUUGUCCGGCCAUUUAGGACUCAGCAUGCCAUACCAAGCCAGGGUAUUGUUUUUGUUUAUAUAUAUGUGACAUAUAUAUGUAUUAGCUGUUUUGAGUCUUUUGCUCUCAAUUCUGGAGCUGAUUGUUAUUGUUCUGGGUUCUGGGUUCUGGUUGUGGGUGCAGUUGGUUCUGAACUGAGGCAGAGGAAGCUGCUGUUCUGUGGAUUACUUACCAGAUUCAAGGACAUUCGUCAAGCUGUAUCAAGGUUGCAGUCUAAGGUGUCAGCGAAGGUGGUUCAGGGCGAUGGGCUACGGUGCUUGCGUAAAGUGUGUGAUUCAUGGAGCUUAUUUGUGGAAUUUCCACCGAGUGGACAAGUUAUAAAUCGAUCAUCUUGCAAGAAAAGAAAAGUUUCAUUGAAUGGAUCGAGUUUCUGUGGAGCAGAUUUGUUUGCGCUAGUGAAAGACUCUGGAGGUUUGUUUCUUGAAGAUGAAUGUGACGAUGAAAACAAAUAUGAUUUCAAGCACACUCGAGAGAAUUUCCAAAAAGCCAAAGAGUGCUUAAUUUCGUUGAAAAAUUCGAUUGAAUGUCUCCACCAAAAGAAUCUAUUUCCCUACAAUCCUAAUGCUCUUUUGAACCGGUGUGUGUCUUUGGUGGAGCUAAUCUAUGGAGCUAUGGAGUUUAUUGUUAUUUUAAACAAUAAUGAACGUGAACUACUCAAACUGAACUUCUUGCUCUUGCUUGCAGCUUAAUGAGGUUUCAGGAACUCUGUUUCGAGGAGGAAAAAUAAACUACUCAAACUUGCUCUUGCUUGCAGCUUAAUGAGCUAAUCACUGGAUGCCAUGGUGCUGGUAUGAAGAUUAUAUUUUGCUGUGAUGUGCAGGAUUGUCAGGUGUAAUGGGGGUUGCUUAUAUUCAAGAAGUUGGGAAAGCCAGCCUCUUUUUUGAGUUAGGCUAGUUUUUAAUUAACAUUUUUGUAGCAAUUAUGAACAAACAUGAAUACUAAUUGCUAGGCUAGCCUUGUAGUAGGUGAAUUGGGGUUUUAUUUUGCCCAUUUUGUAAACUGUUAAGGAUGAUGAUUUUAGAUAUAUAUUUUGUGGACAUCAUCCUUGUAAUAGCUCAAUAUUCAAAUCACUCUUGUCAAC